AUGAACCUGGAGGCCGGCAGCCGGGGUGCAGAGUUCGGCAUGAGCGCGGUGAGCUGCGGCAACGGGAAACUCCGCCAGUGGCUGAUCGACCAGAUCGACAGUGGCAAGUACCCCGGGCUAGUGUGGGAGAACGAGGAGAAGAGCGUCUUCCGCAUCCCGUGGAAGCAUGCGGGCAAGCAGGACUACAAUCGCGAGGAGGACGCUGCCCUUUUCAAGGCCUGGGCGCUAUUUAAAGGAAAGUUCCGGGAAGGCAUCGACAAGCCUGACCCUCCUACUUGGAAGACAAGAUUACGAUGUGCUCUGAACAAGAGCAAUGACUUUGAGGAACUGGUAGAGAGGAGCCAGCUGGAUAUUUCAGAUCCGUACAAGGUGUACAGGAUUGUUCCAGAAGGAGCCAAAAAAGGAGCAAAGCAGCUUACUUUGGAAGACACACAGAUGGCCAUGAGCCACCCCUACCCCAUGGCAGCGCCUUAUGGCUCACUGCCAGCCCAGCAGGUUCAUAACUACAUGAUGCCACCUCAUGACAGAAGCUGGAGGGAUUAUGCCCCUGACCAGUCACAUCCAGAAAUCCCAUAUCAGUGUCCUGUGACAUUUGGCCCCCGCAGCCACCACUGGCAAGGCCCAUCUUGUGAAAAUGGUUGCCAGGUGACAGGAACCUUUUAUGCUUGUGCCCCACCUGAGUCCCAGGCUCCUGGAAUCCCCAUAGAGCCAAGCAUAAGGUCUGCUGAAGCCUUGGCGCUCUCAGACUGCCGGUUACAUAUCUGCCUGUACUACCGGGACAUGCUAGUGAAGGAGCUGACCACAUCCAGCCCUGAAGGCUGCCGGAUCUCCCAUGGACAUACCUAUGAUGUCAGCAAUCUGGACCAGGUCCUGUUCCCUUACCCAGAGGACAAUGGGCAGAGGAAGAACAUUGAAAAGUUGUUGAGCCACCUGGAGAGGGGACUGGUCCUCUGGAUGGCCCCAGAUGGGCUCUAUGCCAAAAGACUCUGCCAGAGCAGGAUCUACUGGGAUGGGCCCCUGGCAUUGUGCAGUGAUCGGCCCAACAAACUAGAAAGAGACCAGACUUGCAAGCUCUUUGACACACAGCAGUUCCUAUCAGAGCUGCAAGUGUUUGCUCACCAUGGCCGGCCAACACCCAGAUUCCAGGUGACUCUGUGCUUUGGUGAGGAGUUUCCAGACCCUCAGAGGCAGAGGAAGCUCAUCACAGCUCAUGUGGAACCUCUGCUAGCCAAACAACUGUAUUAUUUUGCUCAACAAAACAGUGGACAUUUCCUAAGGGGCUAUGACAUAUCUGAACAUAUCAGCACUCCAGAUUACCACCGAUCCCUCCGCCAUUCUUCCAUUCAAGAGUGA